ACCGUCGUCCAAGAUGGGUCAGGAUGAGAGCCGCGCGUUGAUUCUUUGGGAUUAUCUAGCCAUCGUAGCUUAUUUCCUUUUAAACAUUGCCGUUGGAGUAUACGUGAUUUGCCGUCAUGACAGGAGCUCCGUCUCCGGAUACUUCUUGGCUGGACGGUUCAUGUGGUGGCUUCCGGUCGGAGCGUCGUUAUUCGCGAGCAACAUCGGAUCCGAACACUUCAUCGGGCUGGCGGGGUCGGGCGCCGCCGGGGGAAUUGGAGUCGGCGCUUUCAACUUCAAUUCCCUCGUCAUGCUACAGCUGAUGGGCUGGGUGUUUCUGCCGGUCUUCAUAGCGAGCGGGGUUUCUACAGUGCCCGAAUACAUGAAGAAACGUUUCGGAGGAACAAGAAUACAGAUGUAUCUCGCUGGACUCUCACUCCUGCUCUACAUCUUCACCAAGAUCUCGGUCGACUUGUACUCGGGCGCUCUGUUCAUCAACCAAGCUCUACAGUGGAACAUCUACCUCUCCAUCAUGGCUCUGUUGGCCUUGACGGCUCUGUGCACCAUGACGGGAGGGCUGGCAGCCGUCAUCUACACGGACACACUGCAGUUUUUCAUCAUGAUCGGCGGAGCUUCUAUAGUCAUGAUCAAAGCCUUCCAAGAGGUCGGCGGUUACGAAGGGCUGCAGUACAGAUACAUGCAGGCUGUACCCAAGCUGGUGCCUGCGAACACGACCUGCGGGAUACCUCGGGCUGAUUCCUGGGUCAUGCUGCGAGACCCUGUGAACUCUGACCUGCCUUGGCCUGCCUUCCUCUUCGGCCAGACCCCCGCUACCAUCUGGUAUUGGUGUGCCGAUCAGAUGAUGAUCCAGCGCGCCCUGGCCUCCAAGUCGCUCUCCCACGCCAAGGGCGCCACCAUCUUCGCCGCCUAUAUCAAGAUCCUGCCAUUCUUCAUCAUCAUUCUGCCAGGCAUGAUCUCCCGGGCGUUGUACCCCGACGACGUGGCCUGCGUGCUGCCCGAGGAGUGUAUGCGUGCCUGCGGCUCCAUGACCUCGUGCUCCAACUCGGCGUACCCGCGCCUUGUGGUGGGCAUCAUGCCCCCGGGCCUCAAGGGCCUAAUGAUGGCGGUCAUGUUGGCGGCGCUCAUGAGCGACCUGACCUCCAUCUUCAACUCGGCGGCGACCAUGUUCACGCUGGACAUCUGGCCCCGCCUGCGGCCGGCGGCGCGGACGCGGGAGCUGCUGCUGGUCGGGAAGGUGUUCGUGGUGGUGCUGGUGGCCGUCUCGGUGGCCUGGGUGCCCAUCAUCGAGGAGAUCCAGGGCGGCCAGCUCUUCCUCUACAUCCAGAAGAUCGGGGCCUACCUGUCUCCGCCCAUCGCCUGCGUGUACACGCUGGCCGUGCUGUGGCCGCGCAUGAACGAGAAGGGCGCCUUCUGGGCCCUCAUGACGGGCCUCCUGGUGGGCAUGGUCAGGAUGGUGCUGGACUUCUCCUUCCGCCCUCCUCCCUGCUGGGAGCAGGACACGAGGCCUGCCAUCAUCAAGCUCAACUUCAUGUACUUCGCCAUGAUACUGUUCUGGAUAACGGGCGUCACCGGGAUCGUUGUGUCGCUCCUGACGAAGCCGUCGGAGGACUACCUGCUUACCAGAACAACGUAUUCGACCCGUUUUGACAAGGCAGAACGCCAAGACGAAAUAGAAGACAGCGCUGACAGGAUGGAGAUGGAGGCUGUUGGCGACAAGGACAGUUAUGAAGCCAAGGAGAGCCCCGAAGCAACCCCGGAAAGCCAGCCCAGAGGUAUGCUUUCAUGGCUCAGAACCUCGUGUCUAUGGGUCUUCGGGCUCGAGGACAACUCCGUGGCUAAGGAGGAGCCCAAGGGAGGGUCGAUGAUUUCCUCUCUGGAGCAGGAUCCCCGAGCGAGAAUAUUCCUCAACAUCAACCUCGUCGUCAUCGUGGCGAUAUGCAUUGGGCUCUUUGCAUACUUUUCCGUCAACCCUUUCCCGAACGGCUUCGAUCCCGAGGCCUACACAGCGAAGCCGAUGGAGUGAGACUUCGAAUGCACCAGGGAGGAGUCGAUCCUUUCAAGGAAUCCGAGGGAGGUUCCUUUCGCGUACUAGAAUGCUGGCCAUUGAACACUUCGCGCUCUAGCCGCACGUUCCGGGCUUCGCUCUCCUCCCUGCAUCGCGUCACCCGGAAGAAGGAACCGCGGCGCUUCUCCCCUGGUCACCUGGUCACGAACGUCCAUACGCAUGCAUACGCACACACACACACAGGCA